CCAGGUGUUUGGGACUUCAACUCCCACAAUUCCUAACAGCCUACUGUUUAGGUCCGAACUCAAGAAUGGGAAACGUAAUGUUGGUGGGCAGGAAAAGAGAUUUAAAGAUGGGCUUAAAGCCAACCUUAAAAGCUGUGGCAUAGACACUGAGAACUGGGAAGCCCUGGCCCUUGAGCGCUCUAAUUGGAGGUCAGCUGUGACCAGCAGUGCUGUGGAAUUCGAAGAGGUAUGAAUGGAGGGCUUAAGGGAGAAACGUGCCAAGAGGAAGAAGCGUCAAGCCAACCCUGACCGGGACCGCCUUCCGUCUGGAAACCAAUGUCCUCACUGCAGAAGGGAAAACAUGCGGGACAAGAAUAGGCCUCUUUAGCCACCUACGGACACACCCCAAGACCCCACAACUGGAGGACCAUCAUCCUCAGCCUACGAGGGAUUGCCUAAUAUAUGAAACUGUGUUCGAGAUAAACCAUGACUUCGCCUCUUUCUUCGCUGGGGAAGAUUCGUAGAAUGCCACUCCAGAUGCAAAAAUCUAGGAAAAAGACUGCACACAUCAAAGAAAGUAUCCAGAAUGAGGAUGAACUUGCUAUGAUGGAUAAAAUCCUUGGGCCUGGUGCUCAGAUUCCAGUAUCUUCCUGUUCAAAAGGAACUUCAAGCCAAUCAGCGGCGGCUCCCAGUGACAUGGAACUGAUGACCUCCAUGAUGCAGAAGAUCACUUCUUUGGAACACAAAGUCAAGCAACAAGCGCAAGCAAUCCAGCACCGGGAGAAGAAGAUCAAAGAGCUUGAGGAGGAGAUACAAGUCGUUCAGAAAGGGAGCGUAGAGAAAUCUCCAGCAUCAGAUAGAACCAAGGAAUUGGAAGACUCAUGUGUUCAGCUGCAACAACAAAUCUGGGAGAUGGAGAGGUUUCUGAAUGACUAUGGGCUGAUCUGGGUUGGAGAAGGACCGGAUUCGUCAGACGAACUGGAGCCACUAAUAGAAGAAAGGGUUUACUCACGGAAAAAUACCUGGACACCAGAGGAUAACAUCCUUUCGGGAACCCCCAUCAAUUUGGAUUUGAUCUUCGAAAACCUGAAAGAUUUGAAUAUAUUGGCCGGGGAGGGCGAGUCCAAGGUUGAACACACGACUGGUGGCGCAAGGCUGAAGCAGCGGCGUGCAAUCCCCCUUACCUUCUAUCAGAACGGGAUUGUCAUGUUCAACGGACCUUUCCGGCCAUAUGAGGAGCCUUCCACCCAGCGGUGCCUGAGAGAUAUCAUGGAUGGCUACUUCCCUUCUGAGCUGCAGCGGCGCUACCCAGAUGGAGUCCCAUUUCAGGUCACUGACAAGAGAGAUGUCUUCUUUCAGGAGAGGAAGCUGCCAGAGAGCUUUCCCGGCGUGGGCCAAGCCAUUGGCCACUCCAAAGCAAAUGGAUUAAAGGAGACCAAAGAGAUCCCUGGUUCCAAGCUCACAAUGGAGCAGUUUUUGAACAAGCUUCCAAAGUCGGUGAUUCGAGAUGGGCAUGUGAUUGAUGUCCGGGGAGAGAUUAAAAAUACCCUGCAGGGCACGGGUGGAAAUCGAAACCAUGAAGUGGUUCUGGUGGAGACCCCCAGCCUUGCGGCCAUGAAGAAGAGAUUAGAUCAGGAAGGCAAAAAAGAAAAACCCAGCUCUCAAGUCACAACUCUUCGGGUCAAGUCAGAGGACGCAGAGAAGAUAUACGUCAUCAAAAUGGCCUUCACAGAGACCAUUGGAGACCUGAGGCGGCAUCUUGACCGGUGCAGGGGAUCGGCAUCGGAACCGUACGAGAUCCUCAGCACCUUCCCCAAACGGGUCUACAACGACACCUCUAUGACCCUGGAGGAAUGUGGGCUGGUCCCCAAUGCCUCCCUCCUCCUGCGGAAAAAGAUGCCUUUGGCCAAACCAUCUGGGCAAUAACUGUAACCGUUCACAGUGGAUGAUAGCUCAUCAGGCUUGCCUGCCAUUCAGCUGGGAAGUAGUGUGCCUUCUUCUCCUAUUUUGAGAUAGCAAAAGGCAGGGCAUACUCGAUGAAAUUGGGGUGGGUGGGUUCUCUAAAGAUGGGGAAGGAAAUUCGUUUGAUGCCUUUGGAAGCAUAGAAUCCUCCCUCCCUUGCUCACCCCACUUGCAUGGAAUAACUCCAGGUCCAGCUUGACACAUUGAGGAAGGAAUUCCAAAGAAUUAAUACAAACUCUCCUGCAUAAAAUUCAGAAACAUUAGGGACUCGGUCCAAGGAAAGCACCCCUAGCAUUGAGUCCCCGUUCCCGUCCUUAAGCUUUGUGAUGCCAAUCUGAAGCUCAUUGUGCUUGGUUUCUCCAGGCCACACAUCAAAAGCACACCAUGUUCUUGAACAUUCUCAGCCUGGUUUAUGGACCCGAUAGGUCUAUCCAUAUUAUGGGAAAAUGAACCAGGAAUCUUUGGCCUUUCCUGAAGCAGUCUCAAGGCAUAACUUAGGGAAGAACUGUUGCUGAAAAGGCAACUCGGGAGCUUGUAAAUUCUUCCUACUUCGAGCCCAGAUUGAAAGUUGGGUAUAUAUGUCCUCAUCAGAUUUUAUAGAUCCACAAGUCCCAUAUUGCCUUAACCAUUUACUGUGUUACCUAGGAUUUAAUGGGCCUAGUAGUCCGAUUGGACUACUUUUUUCCCCGUGGUGGGUAAAAGGUGAGACCUGGCACACCCACUUCUGAUCGUAUCUCCUUCAGUGGCCUAACAAGAAUCUCCCUUAGGUUAAAUUUGCCUAAUUAUUGGCAAUUAUAGCCAGUGCUCCUUGCGAUGUCCCUCCAGUUUGUGUUUUUUUUCCCUGCAGUUUUGUGCCAUUUGGUUCAUUGUUUAGUUAUCUGUCUUUGUGACUGUUUUUGCCCCCAGAGAUGUUUAGUUGUUUAAAAAAGAGGGUAGUCAGACAUUCAGCUCAAUUUUAGGUUCUGACCCCCAUGUUUUAUUCCCUCCAAGCUUUCCCAACACAGGAGUAUAUGGGAAUACAGUGUCCUGGGGUGGAAUGGGAGGUUGGAUCACCCCACACCCCUGCCCUCCCACCUGGAAUUACUUUCAAAUAGUUUAAUCAUUAUUAAACUACACUCCUGCCUUCAUCACCACAUCUAGUGGAGUGUAACACUCUCCCGUCCUACCUUUUUCCCUGCAAUACUGCCUUUCCACUUGCAGGGUCUUCUGAUUCAGAGGGAGGACUCAAACAUUCACGGUUCUGCUUCCCGGCCUCCCUCUCUGCCGCCUUUUAAGUUGCAAAGUUGUACUGUUCUGACAGAUUCUUUUCCCUGAAUUUUAAAAUCCAUUCUCGGUUCUACUUC